GUUAAGAUAGGAAAGUGCUGAGCCAAUGGCUUUCUGCACAGAGCAGCUGGCUGGCAUCAGGACAGGACAGGCCCGCUUCGGAGGAUGGAUACCGUGAGGACGGCUCUUCUCUGCUCGCCGUAGGACACGGAGGGGCAACGUCCAGGAGGUGUUCAUGGGAUGCACUAUCUACGCAGCCAGCCCUAAGGCCCUGCCUGCCGACGAGGCCCCAGGCCAGGACAGAUACUACCAGCUCCCCGACUACCGCCCCCCUCAUGGUAACUGCAGUCAGAGGAUAGCAGCCGGCAGAGCCAGGGCCAGGAGCAUGACCGAGCAGCAGGAGCAGAGCGAAGAAACGGGCCUGCUCGCAACACAGGACCUGGACCACUGCAAGGAGGACGAGGCGCACGGCCACUUCAGGUUCCAGUUGAUUGAAGACCUGUCCUAUGAAGAUGUGAAGAAAUGUUACCGGGGCUCGACCGUCAGCAAGUACAACUCGCAGUACCACAAACUGUUCCAGUGCGUGCCCAAGGAGGAGAUCCUCAUGAAAGUGUACUCCUGUGCUCUUCUCAGAGAUAUCCUCCUACAAGGCCGGCUCUACAUCUCCAGAAACUGGCUCUGUUUCUAUGCCAACCUUUUCGGCAAGGACAUCAAGGUGCCCAUCCCCGUGGUUACCGUGAGGCUGGUGAAGAAGCACAAAACAGCCGGCCUGGUGCCCAACGGCUUGGCCAUCACCACGGACACCGGACAGAAGUAUGUCUUUGUAUCUCUGCUAUCAAGAGACAGCGUAUACGACGUCCUGCGCAGGAUCUGCACACACCUUCAGGUCAACGGGAAAAGUCUGAGCCUGAAGCAGUUCAUGGAGGAGCCGACCUUAUCGCUGGACGAGUUCCCGGCUCCAGACGAGUUCCCGGUGGUGGACGAGUUCCCGUCAGUGUUAAAGUGGAGGAGGAAACCCUCGGCGGUGUCCGCGUCGUCCUCCCUCCCCGACCUCCUGGGCAACUCCACCGCCAGCCUGAGCGCCGCCGACACGCUCUUCGAAUCCGAGCCGCCGCUGGAAGAGCGAGCUCUGCAAACAGACCGAGGUCUUUUAUCAGAGCCACUGGCAGAACUGGGCCAGAUGGAGUACCAGCUGCUCAAGUUCUUCACCCUACUUAUCAUCCUCCUCAUCCUCUCAUCCUGCUACCUGGCCUUUCGUGUGUGCAGUCUGGAGCAGCAGAUGUCCUUCCUCAGUAACCCAAAUCUGCCCCUGAGGGAAAGGUAACCGUCGGUCUUUGCUGCGACACUUUGGAUCGGCGGCUGUUUUCUCUUCAUCGCGCUUCGAGCUGAUGAUGCCCUCCUCCUCCUCGGGGCCCAGAGAAGAUCAACCAGGACGAAAGGACCUCCUAUCUAGUGAUCACUUCCAGGCUAUGCAAACAGACUGUCUAUUUAUUUCUGAAUUUAAAGUAGGUUUUUCCGUAGAUUCUGAUUUGCCUACCAUUGCCUUUUCCUCUCAGACAUUUCAUCGUUGUAACCAACGUCUCCGCAGCUUCAACCUCUAAACGUUAGAGUAGGGAGCAGAUCGCAGGUGAAGAUGCUGCUCGUGACCUUUAGGAGUGCUGGUUGGAACGAGAGGCGAGGAUGGAAAAGUUAACACAUGAAUUACUUGAAGAGAUAUUUCAGGUGAUCUGCGGUGUUCGUAUCAAACAUUUUCUUGACUAGUUGACUAAACCAAAUGUUUGUUGGUCUCUCUGGUGAGCUCCUGCCAUGGCACACAGUAAGACUCUUAAUGCAAACUACAACAAAAUGCACUUUUUAAAACACAUGUCCACAAUAUUUCAAUUGUAUGGAACUGUUUUAAGAGAUUAGAUCUCUUUCAUUCUUGAUAAUUGGUACUCAGUUGUCAUUUUUAAAGGGGUUUUAUGGAAAGCUAUGAAUGCAGAUGAACGACAGAUUAAAGUUACC